AUGGCAAAAUCAUUGAGGUCCAAGCCUAAGUUGAGAGCAAAGUCUAUCAAGAGGAAAAAUGAGUUUUCCAAGUUUGUUGACUCCAGAAAUGAAAGAUUGGCUCAAAGAAUGAAGGUCAAUUUAGAAAAGCAAAAGGAAGAAACUAUGGAAGAAGACCCCGUCGAAACCAACGAGCCCAAAGAAGAAAAGAAAAUCAGCACUUCCGGAUGGAGACAAACAAGCAGACAAAAAUUGAAACAGAAGAAGAAAAACAAGAAGAAUGUUACCAAGUUUUAA